GUGGGGGUGGAGGAGACGCGUCAUUCCCAGGAACCGGUGGACUUCCUUUCUCUGCUUGUCUGGGUCAUCCUGUCUGCCCUCCGCUGGCCCCAGGCUCGCUCUCCGGCCCCAGCCCUCUCUCACUCUCUCUCUCAGCAGCUGUCUCUCUGGUGCCCGCUGGCCUGUCUCUCUCCUUCCCCGCAGUCGCCUCCUUCUCCGCCUGCCUGGGUGGCCGCCAUGGGCCGGAAGCGGCUCAUCACUGACUCCUACCCUGUAGUGAAGAGGAGGGAGGGCCCCGCUGCGCACUGCAAGGGGGAGCUGGCACCAGAGCUAGGGGAGGAGGCCCAGCCCCUGAGCGUGGAUGUGAGCGUGGAUGAAGCGGAGCUGGAGCUGCUGAGGCAGUUUGACCUGGCCUGGCAGUAUGGGCCCUGCACAGGGAUCACACGGCUGCAGCGUUGGCAUCGGGCAAAGCAGAUGGGCUUGGAGCCUCCCCCAGAAGUGCGUCAGGUGCUGCAGACCCACCCCGGAGAUCCCCGCGUCCAAUGCAGCCUCUGGCAUCUCUAUCCCCUUUGAGCCACCACCUAACACCUCCUGCCCGCUCCCCGAGAACCUCAGGACACAAAUGAGAGCCAGUUGCUGCCCCUCAGCUCAGCUCUGCUGUGGAGAAUGUUUGGCAGCAAAGAGUCUCACAGGGAAUGAAAGAGGCUGAAUCUGGAGGUGUCCACGGCUCAGCCCUCCAUCUGACCAGCAGGCUCCCAGAGCCACGUCUGAGAGCUGAUGCAGCUGAAGCUGAGCACCUCCUACAUGGAGAGUGGUCUGUGAGGACAAAGACUUGGCCAUGACCCUUCCGAUGCCAGCCACUGUGGUCCUGGGGAUGGUGUGGCAAAUAAGGCACAGCCUUGGGCAGAGCCAGACUCAGGCGGCUGAUCUAAGAGGGAAAGAUGCACUCCCCACCUGAGACUGGGAAUCUGAGGGCAGAACUGGCUGAGCUCACAGGGCAAGGGGUUCACUGAUGCUUAUGAAUAAAGAACACUGAGCCUGGAA